CUUACCAGCGUGCGUUUAAUCAUUAUACCGACUGUUGAUUGAAGUUAAAGCACCAGUUAAAAAAUCUGAAAUACUCGAUGGACUUGAUUUAACGUGAUGUCGACGAAAGCUUUGGAUUUAGAAUUGUUUCUGAAUUACCCGGGAAUCAUCCCAUUGUCCAAAAGCAAUGACGAAUUUGGAGGUUACCUCUUCGUUAAAGAUGCUGGUUUUCCUAUUAGCUUGAAGAAGGAUAAGGAUAGGAGACGAUACGAUGUGCAAUUAGGACGAGUCAGGUCGGAAGUGCUUGCAGGCGUUGAUUUUGGCGAACAUCCGGCACUGAUUUUGCGCAAAUUAUCGGAGUUCAUUGGAAAAAGUGCCGAUGGCGAUCGCGGUAGUCAGGAGAAUAACGACACCGAUUUCUACCGCUUCGUUAUGCGGGAGUAUGUGGAGUUCAAGAAGUUCUACUUCAACAUAGGCUCGAAGUUGUCUCACGAUAUGCGCUGCAUUGAAAUACUGCAUGUGGAUGAAAGUCGCAGACAGCAUAAAUUACAGAUCGAAGUGAAAUCCGAUUGCAAGGCGGCGUUCAAUGCGAAGAUUUACGAUCUACCGGAAUGCGAACUGCAAGACGAUAACUCCUUGCUUAGUCUGUAUGGUAAAUUCUGCGAGGUCGUCGCAUUGUAUCAGCCCUUCUUCGAUCUGCUCGACGAGAUCGACGAUACCUGCUGGAUCUUGGAUCCGGAGACUCCGAAGAGGAAGGACGCGUACCGCAGGAUUGCCAUAACCGGAAAUCUGUCUGUCGUGAUUCAAUUCAACGCCAAAAACUUUGUAGAGUUACCAAUUUUGAAAUUCCUGGGACCCAAGCACGAAUGCGAAGAGUACUCGAAGAAGUUAACAGCGAAUUUCUCUAAAUGGGAACCGGAAGAUCAAAUUCUCCAAGAAAUUUUAAAACUUUUAGAACUUGAAGCGUUUCCGAAGAAACCCGUUAAAGCUUCAUUAGAAGAAUUGGUAUUGGUCAAUUCUGGCGAAUGUUGCAUUUGCUUCACGAUGCGAUUGGACGAUAAAUUACCGGAAAUCGUUUGUCCGAAUCCUUGUUGCAGUCAACUUUUCCACGAACAAUGCUUAUAUCAGUGGCUCUUUUGCUUGAACUCACGGAAAUUCUAUUUUGAAAUCAUUGGAGAUUGUCCAAACUGCGAAAAGCUGAUCCGAUGUCCGCUGCCGAAGAACUGAACUAAUUUAUUAAAAAAUAAACAUAUUUUCUUUAUUUAAACCAAAAUUCUUAA